CCUCCUCUUCUUGAAUGGGGCCGAGUUAGGUGGAGGAGGUGUGGGAGGAGGAGAGCAGGAGCCUGCGGGAACCACAGAUCCUUCUCUUCCUUUGUCCUGCAUGGGGUCAACACGGGCUGAAUGGCUUCCUGCUGAAAGACUGGCUCGGACGCGGAAGCGCGCAGACGCCGAUGAGAACGCGCACUAAUUAGGAAAACCUGGUCGAGCAAUUAAGGAGAGAAGCCGCGCGGAACGGAGCGCAAAAGACCUCAUUUAGCUCCCCGGUCACCUUGGCACCAUGAGUUGGAGUUUCCUCACUCGUCUGCUGGAUGAGAUCUCCAACCACUCCACCUUCGUGGGGAAGAUCUGGCUGACGGUGCUCAUCGUCUUCCGCAUCGUGCUGACAGCCGUCGGAGGCGAGACCAUCUACUACGAUGAACAGAGUAAAUUUGUGUGCAACACGCAGCAGCCCGGGUGUGAGAACGUGUGCUACGACGCGUUCGCUCCGCUCUCACACGUGCGAUUCUGGAUCUUCCAGGUCAUCUUGAUCACCACGCCCACCAUCAUGUACCUGGGCUUCGCCAUGCACAAGAUCGCCCGCAUGGACGACAGCGAGUACCGGCCCGUGCGCACCCAGAAGAAGAGGAUGCCCAUCGUCAGCCGCGGGGCCGUCCGGGACUACGAGGAGGCGGAGGACAACGGGGAGGAAGACCCCAUGAUCGCUGAGGAGAUUGAACAAGACAAGCCUGAGAAAGUGGAAAAAUCCUCGGAGAAAAAGCAUGACGGCCGCCGGCGGAUCCUGCGUGACGGCCUGAUGAAAGUCUACGUGUGCCAGCUGAUGUGGCGCACUUCUUUCGAGGUCGCCUUCCUCUUCGGCCAGUACAUCCUCUACGGCUUCGAGGUGAUCCCGUCCUACGUGUGCACCCGCUCGCCGUGCCCGCACACCGUGGACUGCUUCGUGUCCCGCCCCACAGAGAAGACCAUCUUCCUGCUGGUGAUGUACGUCGUGUCCUUCCUCUGCCUGCUCCUCACCAUCUUUGAAAUCAUCCACUUGGGCAUCGGCGGCAUCCGAGACACCUUCAGGAAGCGGGCCGCGCUCAGCUCGCGUACCCCCCUCCCGUCCUCCUCGCGAUCCGUGGCGACCGCUCCACCGGGAUACCACGCCACCAUGAAGAAGGAGAAGAGGAAAGGAGAUCUGAAAGGAGAGUUGAGGGACUCCCCGGUGGUGGACUCCGGGCGGGAGAGCUUCGGGGACGAGGUGCAGUCGUCCAGAGAGCUGGAGAGGCUGCGGCGACACCUGAAGCUGGCCCAGCAGCACCUGGACCUGGCCUACCAGGUGGACGAGGGGACCCCCUCCCGCAGCAGCAGCCCCGAGGUCCACACGGCCACACAGACCGCCGCCGAGCAGAACCGCCUCAACUUCGCCCAGGAGAAGCAGGGGGAGGCCAGCGAGAAAGGAAUACAUGCCUGAGUGUGCUUCCUGCCUCAAACGUCUGUUCUUACAUUCCUACUGGCCUUAAACACAUGGGGAUGCACAUAUGGGAGUGCAGUCAGACCACUGAGGGAGACCAAAUCGUGUGUGUGUGUCUGUGUGUGUGUGGAUGAGAGAAAUGAUGCCUUUCAGUAUUAGGGGUCAGACGGAAAGAAAAGAAAAUGCUGACCAAGCUGUGUUGUGACAAAUGGUUCAUCUCCACGACUCUAAACUUGAAAGCCUGCCACAUCUCCAGUUUCUGCUCGCUGACCUACGUCCAAAUCUUCACUGUGCCUUCGGCCUGCGCUUUGUCUGCACCCCGGUCUCUCGCCCACUCUGUUUUUGUGGCCUUUGCAAUAAUCUUCAUCCAGUUCAGAACUCGUAUAAGGAUUAUCAGAAGCUUUCAACUCAUCUGGGCAAGUGUACUUUAUUUAGUUGUCGUCCACACAAAAGAGAGGCUCUCUUUCUGUAAAAUGUCAGAUGUUAACGUCUCACUUUGUCGAGACUUGUUGGCCUCCGAGAUUUCUUUCCAACCACAUGUCGUUUCUGGAGCGUGUGCAGCAGCGUUUCCGUGCAACGAGGGCGGCUUAACCUGCCAAGUCAUGUUCAAUUUAAACAGAUGUGAUGUUAGGGAUUAUCGGUGUUUAUUAUACACAAGUCACACUAUUUCAGAAAUAUUUGAUUAAUUUUGAAGCCUGUAUAUUUACUCCAAUUGGCCAAAAUGUUUACCUGGGAAAUGCUUGAAUUCUUUAUCGACAGGAAAUGUUCCAUGGAAUUUCCUAGAAUAUUUUUUUUUGUACAACCAAUUCAUUUAAAACACUCCAUUUAUUUUACCAGAACUUAUUUUCAGUACUAUUUCCUGACCAAAGCUGUAGAAUAUUUACCUUGUUUUUGUUUAGAAGUGUUGGUAUCAUGAAUGCCACUUAAUUCUUGGAUAUUUAGUAACUCCGUUUCUUCCCUAAAUGAUGUACCACAGUAUCAGAAAAACAAAUCGUCCUUAAAUGCAGAAAUGUGAAGAAUAUUACGUGGGUUUUCUUUUGCUAACCAGCUGGAAACAUCUGUCUUCUGGGCUACCAUCAACAAUAAUUUUCUAUCCUUGUCUUUUGAAAUGUACAUUCUUCUCUGGUGAGACAUAUUUUCCGUGCUUGACAUGCACCACCACCCCUCUGUUUGUGCUGAAACAUGGAUGCUUUUAUGUACCCUGGAAAAAACCACAACCCAGAGUAAACUCAUCGUGAGACUUUUGAUCAAUACUGUUCAGUUUGGACUUUAGCCUGUCAGCUGGUUUUAUGAUCUUUGGCUGGAAUAAUGAAUCUUGCCAAAGAGAUGUUUAAUGCUGUAUUUUUGUAAUCAUCUCACUUCCGAUUUUGCUACUUUUUGGCAAGGUACGACAUUCCAUUUUUGAACCUUUCUCCAAUGGUUUAUACUUUAUUUUUUUUCUAUUGCAAAUGUUGUAGUUUUUGUAACUGUAGAGAUUAUUUUGUCUUCAGAGUAAAUAAAUGAAAUAAAUAUAUUUGAACGUUA